GUGGUCGCCUCUGGUUCUCGUACUCGUUUUCUCGUUCUGGUUGUGCUUCUGUUUCUGUUUUCAGUUUCCGGAGCUCUCAUUGCGCCGCCAACCGGGCUAGCGAACGUACACGGCGCGGACUCCUCCGUCGAGAUCCCCAAGCACAUAGGAUAGAACACGAAAUCCUCUCGAGAUCCCGUGCGCGGCUACGGCACCAUUCAAAUCGUGGCACACCGAACCGAAAAGGGACAGCCGUCACAUUUGAUUUGAAUUUUAAUUCAAUAAAAAAAGUGCAAAGUAAAAAAAGUAAAAAUAAUAAUAAUCGUAUAAAAAAAGGAUAUCGCAGCAGGCAGCAACAAAUGUAAAUGCCUGUCAUUUCGAGUCCUCCCCCAAGUUUUCUGUGCGUUGUUCCUCCUCUGCCGUGCGGUGUUUUGUGAAGUCGCGAGGCGUAAAAAAUAUUCAAAUUUCAUGUUGAAAUUACUGCACGCAUUCUUAAAUAAUCCAAUGCCAACACAAGUGUGCAAAAAGUAAGGAGACUCGACUCAAAAGGCGACGCCAAGCGUUUGCUAAUAGGAUUACGCAUCAACUCCCCAGCUGACAGGGUCCAGGAUUAGCAGGAUCCACUCGCGGCAGAGCGGAGAACACCCAUACCAGCCAGGAUAGAAAAGAAUCCACCACUUCCUCCGCGUCCGCUGCUCGUCGUGAUGAUGGUAGUGAUGGGCUCGUGCCUUGCGUAGCUGCAUUCCCAUCCAUCCCAAGUCCAGACGUCGCUCCAAGCCAGCUAUGUGGACCUACAUGAUGGCUGCCGCCCGCGGAGAUCGGGUCAACACGAUGAUGUCCAACCGGCGACGCCCCGAAACCGAGUCCCCAAAAUAUGGCUACAACCUCUCCAACCGUCCCAUGUACCGCACCACCCGAUUAGUGGGCCCCGCCUCCUCGGCGCCCGCCCAGCUGCAGCUGCCCUGCGGCUCCCACCAGGCGACGAUGGGCGUGGCACCUCCGCCGCUGGAGGAGAUUAGUGGCGGUCUGUUCGCACCCUUCGCGCCCACGGCAACAAUAACGGUGGAGCAGGCGGCCACCUCGAUUCCGAUGGCAGUGGAUGGCGAGGUGCACCACCUGCACUAUCCGCGUCGCAGUUGGCAGCGGAAAUAUCGCCAGGGGAUUCAUCGCCAGCCAGGUGGAGGAGCCGAGGAGGAUGAGGACGAGGAGGAGGACGACGACGACGACGUCGACGACGAUGAGGAUGACGAGGAUGAGUUCGGUGCUUCCGUUUGCGAGGAUAACCCGGAGGAGGCCAUUGCACGCGCUGACCACGGCACGCAGCAAAAACAGCACUACCAGCCAAAUGCCAGCGAUUCCAGUUAUGUGGAAAAUGGCAGGAAGCUGAUACAGGAGCCAAGCAAACGGAGCAAACCCUCCGCUUUAAGACGCACUCUGCAGGCACUGCGCCAGCGUCUGACUAAAAGGAAUCGCCCCAAACCGCCGGACUGGUUCCUCGAGAAGUUCUCCAACACCACCAACACGGACAAGAUUGGCAAGGGUUGUCCGGCGAUGGAGGAUGCGGCGCUAUCCAGCGAAAUACGUGGCUCCAGUGUCCUGUGCAACCGACUGUCCGUCGAUCCCACCCUGCAGUCGCAUUACAGAUGGCUGGCCAUCGUUUCACUGGCUGUGCUUUACAACAUCAUCUUCGUGGUGGGACGUGCGGUCUUCUGGGAGAUCAAUAAGAGUGCUCCCGCCGUUUGGUACACGCUGGACUACCUGUGCGACUUUAUCUAUCUGCUGGAUACGCUCGUCCACAUGCACGAGGGAUUUCUGGACCAGGGUCUGCUCGUGCGGGAUGCCUUUCGGCUGCGCCGGCACUACUUCCACACCAAGGGCUGGUACCUGGACGUGCUGUCCAUGCUGCCCACGGACUUGGCCUACAUCUGGUGGCCGCCGGAGACCUGCUCCAGCCUGUACCUGCCGUGUCCCGUGAUAGUGCGUCUGAAUCGUCUGCUCAGGAUCAAUCGGCUGUGGGAGUGGUUCGAUCGAACGGAGACGGCCACGGGAUAUCCGAAUGCCUUCCGCAUCUGCAAGGUGGUGCUGGCCAUUCUGGUGCUGAUCCACUGGAAUGCCUGCAUGUACUUCGCCAUCAGCUACGAAAUUGGCUUCAGCUCGGACUCGUGGGUGUAUAAUCUGAAUGGAACGAGGAACAAUACGUUGCAGCGGCAGUACAUCUAUAGUUUCUACUGGUCGACGCUAACGCUGACCACCAUUGGCGAGACUCCAACGCCGGAGAACGAUGUGGAGUAUCUGUUCGUGGUGGCCGAUUUCCUGGCCGGCGUCCUAAUCUUCGCCACCAUUGUGGGUAACAUUGGCUCCAUGAUCUCCAACAUGAAUGUGGCCCGCGUGGAGUUCCAGAAUCGCAUGGACGGGGUCAAGCAGUACAUGGCCUUCCGGCGAGUGGGUCACGAACUGGAGGCCCGGGUGAUCCGCUGGUUCGCCUACACGUGGUCGCAAAGUGGUGCGCUGGACGAGGAGCGUGUGCUGGCCGCCCUGCCGGACAAGCUGAAGGCGGAGAUCGCCAUCCAGGUGCACAUGGACACGCUGAAGCAGGUGCGCAUCUUCCACGACACGGAACCGGGUCUCCUCGAGGCACUGGUGCUGAAGCUCAAGCUGCAAGUCUUCAGUCCCGGCGACUACAUCUGUCGCAAGGGUGACGUGGGCAAGGAGAUGUACAUCGUGAAGCGGGGCAAGCUGUCCGUCGUCGGCGAUGAUGGCAUCACCGUGCUGGCCACCUUGGGCGCCGGUUCGGUGUUCGGCGAGGUUUCCGUGCUCGAGAUUGCGGGCAAUCGGACGGGCAAUCGGCGCACGGCCAAUGUGAGAUCCCUGGGCUACUCGGAUCUCUUCUGUCUGGCGAAACGAGAUUUGUGGGAGACCCUGUCCGACUAUCCGGAGGCCAGAUCCACGCUCACUCAGCGAGGAUGCCAGCUGCUGCGCAAGGAUGGCUUACUGGAUGAGCAAAUAUUCGCUGAUUCGCAAAGGGUACACGACAGCAUCGAGGGCGGCAUCGAAAAGCUGGAGCUCUCGGUGGAGAACCUCAACAUGCGGCUGGCCCGCCUCCUGGCUGAGUACACGGCCAGCCAGGCCAAGAUCAAGCAGCGCCUCGCGAAGCUGGAGAUGAAUGGCUGCCCUGGCACGUGGCGAUUGGAGUGUGAGCCCCAAAGUCGGGCUCGCAGCGGACGCCUCUAUUCACUGCAGCCCAAGCGGCGCCCACGUUCGCGACCAGACGCGACUGCCAAGAGCAGCGAUGCUGCCAAGCAGAACACGCUGUAAGUCGCCGGAAAACGCGCUGGAAAAGGCUCCGAACCAGUUGCCUAACCCCGCCGCCGCCAGUUCAUAUCUCCAGCCGAGGCCGGAAAAUAGUGAUAAAUGCAUUAAACUUGCAGGAGUUGUCUGGGCGGGGAGAUAACCCUUUUGGCCCGCAGCCAGCAGUUUUUUGGGCUACAAAAAGCGGGUAAAUCAAUUUUUAAUUUUUACAAUUAGUCUAUAGAGCUAUAAAGCUGGGAAUGAAAUUGGGGUGUGGAAGUGGUGCGAGGGAGUUGUUUGUUGCGAACUUUAUAAAUUUAUUAGAUGAUUCAAAACUGAAUGUGCCUCAAAAAGUGUGUGCGUGUGUAAGAGUAAAUGGGGUAAAUUGGUAAAUUGGAGCAGCAGCAGAUUAUCCCCAACUACGAUUCAGUGUAUGUACAUAAGUUAAGCAUAGUCCAAUUUUACACACCUAGGCUAGGUUGAUUUUUACACACACCGAACCAUGACCAUGGAUUUGGCGCACCACGAUGCAACCAACUGACCGAUCCGACGAGGAACAUUUCACCUUAACUGACCAAGAACCGAUGGACAUUGCUGAAAUAAUUGAAUAAUGGGCGCGGGUGAUGCACACCACAAAUCGAGAAUCGAAGAAAGAAAACGUUAACAACCAAGCUUCCAAAGCUUCCAAACAAAAUGCAGAACGCGAAACACAAGGAAACAAAUUCAAGAAACAAAUGAAAUGUAUUUUUAUAUUAGUCCUAGACAUUGAGUGUACGAUGUAUUGUCUAUGUGUAAGUAAAUCUAAAGCUAACGCAACAGAAUAAA